ACAUUGUAAAUUAGGUGAGGAAAAAGAAUACAGAUGAUAGCAUCAUCAUAAUUUUUGCAAAAUGAUCGGGGGAAUCAUUCUUUUUGCUAUUUCAUAUUACUUUUCUGGUUUUGUUUUAGCAGAUGACAUGCUAAAUCAAUACCAGCAAAUCAAUGACAGUGGAGCAUUAGUAUCUGCUAGAGGAGAUUUCAAGUUAGGCUUCUUCAGUACAAGCAAUUCGAGGAGGCGAUACUUGGGGAUAUGGUAUAACAAUAUCCCAGUUCAAACCAUUGUUUGGGUGGCGAACAGAGACAGACCUCUUAAUGAUUCAUCAGGAGGUCUAAAGAUUGGGGAUGAUGGAAAUUUGAUCCUUCUUGACAGUGGAGGAAUAGUUGCUUGGUCUACCGGUAUCCAGAAUAUAUCAUCAAAACCUACUGUUGCACAACUCUUAGACUCUGGAAAUAUUGUUUUGAGAAGUGAAAAUGGUGGGAACACAGAAAGUUAUAUUUGGCAAAGCUUUGAUCAUCCUUCAGAUACACUGAUAGCUAGUAUGAAGCUGGGAUGGGACUUGAGAGUUGGUUUGGACCAGUAUUUGACAUUGUGGAAGAGCGCAGAUGAUCCUUCACUCGGAGAUUUCUCUUAUGUGCUCGAUCUUGAUGGUCUUCCACAAACUGUUAUACGUAAAGGGUCCGUUAAGCAGCACCGAAGUGGGAUAUGGAAUGGUCUGCAGUUUAAUGGAGCCGGGCUUAAAAGCGCAAUCCUCAAUGCUAAUUUCAUGGAUAAUUCAGAGGAGGUGUAUUUCGAGUUUGAUCUAUAUCAGCAGAUAACAAGGCUAUUUUUGAAUUACACCGGGACAAUGCAAAGUGUGAUAUGGAACAAUAGGAACCUUGAGUGGGUUGUCAUUAACACAGUACCUAGUAAUCCAUGCGACAGAUAUGGCCAGUGCGGUCCUAAUUCUAUUUGCACAAUCUCUAAUGCAUUCAUAUGUAGUUGUUUGGAUGGAUACAUUCCUAAAUCAUCACAAGAUUGGAAUAUGAUGGUUUGGAAUGGUGGGUGCGUUCGCAAAUACCCAUUAAACUGCUCGGAUGGAGAAGGAUUUGUGGCAUUCGAAGGCGUGAUCGUCCCUGAUUUGUUAGAUUUUUGGAUGAACACCAGUAUGACAGUUAAAGAAUGUGAAUUGGAGUGUCUAAAGAAUUGUUCUUGUACUGCUUAUGCUAACUCCGAUACUGCUGGAGGGGGAAGUGGAUGCUUGCUCUGGUAUGGGGAUCUGAUUGAUAUUAGAAGCUUCGCAAAUCCUGGUGGUCAAACUCUGUAUAUUCGGGUUACAGCUGCAGACCUAGUGUCUAGAUCAGAUUCCAAGGAGAAGAAGAGGAUCGUGUUGGUGAUUAUCCCCAUCUCAGUAGCUUUGUUGUUGUUCCUCCUUGUUUCUUGUAUAAUAUGGAAGAGGAUAAAACAAACAAGAGGUUCACGGCCAAACAUUCCAUUCAAAGAUGAUGAAAACAUAGAAUUGCCCAUUUUCAAUAUAGUCACAAUUGCAAAUGCUACAAACAAUUUUUCUAUUUCUAACAAGAUUGGAGAAGGUGGGUUCGGACCAGUUUACAAGAGUGUGCUCCCAACUGGACAAGAAAUAGCAGUGAAGAGGCUCUCCAAAACUUCAGGGCAAGGCCUCACAGAGUUCAAGAAUAAGGUCAUCUUGAUUGCAAAGAUGCAACAUCGGAAUCUGGUUAGGCUUUUAGGAUGUUGUAUUCAUGAAGAGGAGAGGAUGUUGAGUACAUCACUUGAUUGGAAAAAAUGAUUUGACAUAAUAGUGGGAAUUGCUCGAGGACUUUUGUAUCAUCAUCGGGAUUCAAGAUUGAGAGUAAUUCAUAGGGAUUUAAAAGCUAGCAACAUUUUGUUAGACAGUGACAUGAAUCCUAAAAUUUCAAAUUUUGAAUUAGCAAGAUCGUUUGGAGGUGAUCAAUCUGAGGAAAACACAAACAGGGUUAUUGGGACUUAUGGCUAUAUGUCUCCUGAAUAUGCAAUAGAUGGGCACUUUUCAGUGAAAUCCGAUGUUUUUAUCUUUGGUGUACUAGUUUUAGAGACAGUGAGUGGCAAGAAGAAUAGAGGAUUUUAUCAUCCUGAUCAUGACCUCAACCUUUUGGGACAUGCAUGGAAAUUAUGGAACAAAGGAAAGUCCAUGAAACUAGUGGAUGCUUUGAUGGAGAGUCUGAUUCCCACAUUAGAAGUGUUAAGAUGUAUCCAAGUGGCCCUUUUGUGUGUCCAACAUCCUGAAGAUAGACCAAGAAUGUCAGUUGUUUUGUUAAUGUUGGAUAGCGAGAAUCCAAUGAUGCCCAUGCCUAAACAACCCGGCUUUUACUCAGAAAGAUUUAUAUCUGAAACAGAUUCUUCAGCAACUCCAAGAAAUCCAUAUACUUCAAAUGAUCUAACCAUAACCAAAUUACUGCAUCAUCAUAAUUUUUGCAAAAUGAUUAGGGGAAUCAUUCUUUUUGCUAUUUCAUAUUACUUGUCUGCUUUUGUUUUAGCAGAUGACAUGCUAAAUCAAUACCAGCAAAUCAAUGACAGUGGAGCAUUAGUAUCUGCUAGAGGAGAUUUCAAGUUAGGCUUCUUCAGUACAAGCAAUUCGAGGAGGCGAUACUUGGGGAUAUGGUAUAACAAUCUCCCAGUUCAAACCAUUGUUUGGGUGGCGAACAGAGACAGACCGCUUAAUGAUUCAUCGGGCGGUCUAAAGAUUGGGGAUGAUGGAAAUCUGAUCCUUCUUGACAGUGGAGGAAUAGUUGCUUGGUCUACCCGUAUCCAGAAUAUAUCGUCAAAGCCUACUGUUGCACAACUCUUAGACUCUGGAAAUCUUGUUUUGAGAAGUGAAAAUGGUGGGAACACAGAAAGUUAUAUUUGGCAAAGCUUUGAUCAUCCUUCAGAUACACUGAUAGCUGGUAUGAAGCUGGGAUGGGACUUGAGAGUCGGUUUGAACCGGUAUUUGACAUCUUGGAAGAGCGCAGAUGACCCUUCUCCCGGAGAUAUCUCUUAUCGGUUCGAUCUUGAUGGUCUUCCACAAGGUGUUAUACGUAAAGGGUCUGUUAAGAAGUACCGAACUGGGAUAUGGAAUGGUCUGCAGUUUAAUGGAGCCGUGCUUGAAAACUCUGUUUUCAAAGCUAAUUUCAUCGAUAAUUCAGAGGAAGUGUAUUUCGAGUUUGAUCUAUAUCAACAGCUAAUAAGGUUGGUUUUGAAUCCCACCGGAACAAAGCAAUGUGUGAUCUGGAACAAUAGAAACAGUGAGUGGGUUGACAUUAGUACAGAACCUAGUGAUCCAUGUGAACGUUAUGGGCAUUGCGGCCCUAAUUCUAUUUGCACAAUCUCUAAUGCUUACAUAUGUAGUUGUUUGAAUGGAUACAUUCCUAAAUCAUCGCAAGAUUGGAAUGCGUUGGUUUGGGAUGGUGGGUGCAUUCCCAAAUACCCAUUAAACUGCUCAGAUGGAGAAGGAUUUGUGGCAUUUGAAGGCGUGAUCGUCCCUGAUAUGUUAGAUUUUUGGAUGAACACCAGUAUGACUGUUAAAGAAUGUGAAUUGGAGUGUUUAAAGAAUUGUUCUUGUACUGCUUAUGCUAACUCCGAUACUUCUGGAGGGGGAAGUGGAUGCUUGCUCUGGUAUGGGGAUCUGUUUGAUAUUAGAAGCUUCCCAAAUCCUGGUGAUCAAACUCUGUAUAUUCGGGUUACAGCUGCAGACCUAGUGUCUAGAUCAGAUUCCAAGGAGAAGAAGAAGAGGCCCAUGUUGGUGAUUAUCCCCAUCUCAGUAGCUUUGUUGUUCCUCCUUGCUUCUUGUAUAAUAUGGAAGAGGAUAAAACAAACAAGAGGUUCACGGCCAAAGAUUCCAUUAAAAGAUGAUGAAAACAUAGACUUGCCCAUUUUCAAUAUAGUCACAAUUGCAAAUGCUACUAACAAUUUUUCUAUUUCUAAUAAGAUUGGAGAAGGUGGGUUCGGACCAGUAUACAAGGGUCAGCUAUCAACUGGACAAGAGAUAGCAAUAAAGAGGCUCUCGGAGAAUUCUAAACAAGGGGUUGGUGAAUUUAAAAAUGAGGUUAUCUUGAUUGCCAAGCUUCAGCACCGAAAUCUUGUUAGGCUUUUGGGAUGUUGCAUUCAAGGAGAAGAGAGGAUGUUGAUCUAUGAGUAUUUGCCCAACGGCAGCUUGAGCUCCUUUAUUUUUGAUACUACAAAAAGUAACUCUCUUGAAUGGAGGAAACGCUUUGAUAUUAUUGUGGGGAUUGCUCGAGGGCUUCUCUACCUUCAUCGGGAUUCAAGACUGAGAAUUAUUCACAGGGAUCUCAAAGCUAGCAAUGUGCUACUAGACAAUGAGAUGAAUCCCAAGAUUUCGGACUUUGGCAUUGCUAGAGCUUUUGGAGGAGAUCAAAUAUCGGAGAAAACAAGAAGGGUGAUUGGAACUUAUGGUUAUAUGUCCCCAGAAUAUAUAUUACGUGGGAUCUUUUCAAUGAAAUCAGAUGUGUUUAGUUUCGGAGUACUUGUUUUAGAAAUAGUGAGUGGACGGAGGAACAGAAAGUUCCAACAUCCUAAUCAUAUUCACAACCUUCUUGGACAUGCAUGGAAACUAUGGAUUGAAGGGAAUGCCAUCAAGCUAGUUGAUGAGAAGUUGGAAACUUUAACAAUGCUGAUGUCAGAAGCAAUUAAAUGUAUACAAAUUGGUCUGUUAUGUGUGCAACAACGCCCUGAAGACAGGCCAACAAUGUCAUCUGUGGUGUCGAUGUUGGACAAUGAGGGUGCAAUGCUGCCCCGUCCUAAACAACCCGGAUUCUAUACAGAGGGAAGCAAUGACGAGACAGAACUUGCAUCGACAACAGGAAUAAAAUGUUCCACAAAUAAGACGACUCUAACAAUUCUACUAGGUCGUUAAAAAAUUCCAAUUAAAGCACUAAUGCUCAUGGUUAUUAUUAUUAUUAUUUUUUCAGUAAGAAAGUUAAUACCAUAUUUGAUAACAGCCUUACUAAUUAUGUAUGACAAAUGAUAUAUAAGCUUCCUUGUUUGAUAGCAAACGAGAUAGAAUGAAUGACCAAUUUUUUUUUGGCCAAAGACUCUAAUGCUCAAGUCAGUAAACUGGUGUGAUUUAUGCAAUCGAGGUGAGAGUUGUUGCAUACUUCCUUUGGAGUUAGGUGGGAUGGAUUUUGGAUUGUGAUCCCUUAUUUCUUGUGGUGAUGUGAUUGUCAAUUAAUUUUAUCUGGUUUUGAG